AUGUUCAUGAUGGAACUGAUUAAAGAUUUUUUAGCUAUCGAAAUUUCACAAGGUCUUCGAGAAGAGUUCAUUCCUGGCACACCUGAUGAUUAUGUAAAUAUUUAUACUGAAUGCUGGGAUAAUGAGCCAGAUAAACGACCUGAUAUGAAUCAAGUAGCUGAUAAAUUGAAUGCGAUGAUUACUAAAAGAAACAUGAUAACAGAAAAAGAUCAAAUAAAUAAGAGUGAAUCAAGUCUUUUAUUAUCAGGACAUCAAGAUCUUCGUUCGAUUAAUAACAUCCUUCACGCAAUAUUCCAAGUAGAAAGUUUUAAACAACUUCAGGAAUAUUGUUUCAACUAUAUUUGUAGAAUGCCUGAAACUUUAUUUAAUUUGUCAGAUUUUCUAAAAUUAGAAGAAAGAAUUCUGCUUGAAUUAAUCAAGAGAGAAGAUAUUCAAAUUGAUGAAAUAGAAUUAUGGAAUUACCUUGUCAAAUGGGGAAUUGCUCAAACUUCGGAAUUGAACGAGAAAGACGUGACUGAUUUAGAUAGUUGGAAUGAGGAAGAUUUCGUAUCAUUGAAAAAUUCUUUGAAUCAAGUUAUCACGAACAUUCGAUUCUUUGAAAUUCCUUCAAAAUGUUUUUAUAAUAAGAUUAUGCCUUUUAAGAAAGUAUUACCAGAAGCAUUAGUUGAAGAAAUUUUGUCAUUUCAGAUGUCAAAUAGUCUACCUAACCAAAUUAUAUUAGCUCCUCGUCAUGGAAGGAUUACUAUUGAUUCAACAGUAAUCAAUUUAAGGCAUGCGGCCAUCCUAAAUAACUGGAUUCAAAACAAAAGUGCUAAUGCAAAAAUCCUCAACGAUAGUAAAUAUAGCUUUAAACUUAUUUAUCGUGGAAGUAGAGAUGGUUAUGAUUUCAUUCCUGUAAGUAGUUUAUGUGAAGGGGGACAGAGGGCGUCUAUUUUGAUUAUUAAAAUCAGAGAUAAUGAAACUAUACUUGGUGGCUUUAAUCCUCUUGGUUGGAAAUAUAAUAUUUCCAAUGAUGGUGGCUUUUUUUACCAAUGGGAUUCUACUAAUGAGAGUUUUAUUUUUUCUUUUAAAAGAGAUUUUAAGAUUAGUCGAGUUAUAAAUAGAAGUAAAGCAAUAUAUCAGUCGAGUUACGUAUUUGGUUUUGGUGAUGACUUAGUAAUUAAUCAUCAUCAUAAGUGUGGUACUUGUAAUAAUAGAGAUUAUAAACGUAGAACUUUAGAUAUAAUUAGUUUUAAUUUCGAAGAAAUGGAGAUUUUUGAAAUUAUUAAAGGGUAA